GCAGAAAGUGGCUGCCGUUAUCUUGCACCACAUGGUGCACUCACGCCUAUGCAUGCGAGGCGAUUUUCUUUUCUUCUCCCUGGAUAUUUAUAAAACCCCCACAAACCCUUUUCCUUUCUUGCCACAAAGGCAUCUGCGAGAGUUUGCUUCUUCCACUUGGAACUCUCUUCUUGUUGCUGUCUUGUGAAAAAACAAUGGCUUCGUCCGUGGAUCCGUUGGUAGUAGGCAGGGUCAUUGGAGAAGUCAUAGAUAUGUUCAUGCCCAGUGUAUCCAUGUCCAUCUGCUAUGGCAACAAGCAGGUUACCAACGGCUGUGACAUCAAACCCUCGCUGACUGUCGACCCGCCAACCGUCAACAUAGCUGGCCGGGUGGAGAGACUAUACACUCUGAUAAUGACGGACCCCGAUGCGCCCAGCCCUAGCGAGCCCAGCAUGCGUGAGUGGGUUCACUGGAUCGUAGUAGAUAUUCCUGGAGCUACAGAUCCUUCUCAAGGGAGGGAGAUCCUUCCAUACAUGGGGCCUCGGCCACCAAUUGGUAUACACAGGUACGUCUUCGUGCUCUUCCAGCAGCAAGCACCGGCGGCGAUGGUGGCUGCGCCGCCGACGCGAGCAAACUUCAGCACAAGGGCGUUCGCUGCGCGGUACGGCUUGGGCCUUCCUGUUGCUGCGGUCUACUUCAACGCCCACAAGGAGCCAGCUACGAAGAGACGCUGAGCUGUUACAUUCACUGCGUCGUCUCCCAACUCCCCUCCCUUUCUUUUUUACUUCAUGUAGUUCAGGCGGAAGAUCGAGUUUGUGUUUUAUUUUCUGUGAGAACUGCUUCUCUCUUUUGGUUUCAUCUGUCUGCUCUGCUUUCCCAUUUAGUUGAUUAAAUUUGAUUUUA